AUGGCUCCUACUCCUAAGCCGGGCGAGAAAAAACAACAGUCUCUCACAUCCUUCUUCACACCAAAGACAGUAAAUGGGCUAGCCGCGAUCUUCGAAAAGCAGAGUCGAGCACAAGCAGACAAAUCACAAUCGCCCAGUAAAGAUAUAACCGGGUUACCAUCCAGGAAAAGAACAGUAGCGGACACAGAAAAGGAGAACGAAGAACCAAAACAGACUUCCAAAAGAGCUCGAGCCGAUGACACCGUCAAAGACCCAGAGACGAGCACUUUCUUCUCCAAAUCAAAAGACGGGGAACAAGAAACCAUAGGAACGCGCACAGAACGAUACCGAUACGACGGUUCGAGUGUGCGGAAUACCCAGGACGCCGACACAAACGCAGGAUCCAGCCAAAAUGAUGACGAGGAUGCAGAAGAGAGACGACAACACCAAGAACUGCACAAGAAAUUUGUUAAGAAACUUGGUCACCCUGACGCACUAGUAUCGCGCCGUAAUAUCCAAGAUGUGGCGCCAGCGGGUGAGGACGAAGAUGCCGAUGCCGACGGAGCUGAAGAGGAGGUUCCGGCGCCAGCAAAGACAAAGAAGAAGGGGUCCAAAACAGGCAAACUGACGCCUAUGGAAAUUCAAUUUCUGGAAAUCAAAAGAAAGCAUAUGGACACUGUUCUCAUUGUGGAAGUCGGCUACAAGUUCCGGUUCUUUGGCGAAGAUGCGCGCAUUGCAGCAAAAGAAUUAAGUAUCGUCUGCAUUCCCGGUAAAAUGCGUUAUGAUGAGCACCCUUCGGAGGCGCAUAUAGAUCGCUUCGCCUCAGCGAGUAUUCCAGUCCAUCGCCUCCCUGUACAUGCAAAGCGCCUGGUGGCUGCCGGACACAAGGUUGGCGUUGUUCGUCAGAUCGAGACAGCCGCAUUGAAGAAGGCUGGUGACAAUCGCAACACGCCGUUUGUCCGCAAGCUCACCAAUCUCUAUACAAAAGGAACAUACAUUGAUGAGAAUGGCGAACUUGAUCAAAGCGGUGGCUCUGGAGCGCCUUCUGGCGGCUACCUGUUAUGUAUAACUGAGUCCAAGGCUAAGGGGUCAGGUACUGACGAGAAGGUCGAUGUUGGUAUAAUCGCUGUCCAGCCUGCAACAGGAGACAUCAUAUAUGAUCACUUCGAGGAUGGAUUCAUGCGGAGCGAGAUUGAGACCCGUCUAUUACACAUUUCCCCUUGCGAGUUCUUGAUCGUAGGAGAUCUGACCAAAGGUACCGACAAACUCGUGCAGCAUCUAUCAGGCAGCAGUACCAAUGUCUUCGGCGACCGGAGUCGAGUCGAGCGCGUGCCCAAGGAGAAGACCAUGGCAGCUGAAGCUUACUCUCACGUCACUCAGUUUUACGCCGACAAGCUUAAAGACAAUACCCAAGACGAAUCUGCUGCCGCCCUUCUCAACAAGGUCUUAAAGCUGCCCGAGCCGGUCACUAUCUGUCUCUCAGCUAUGAUCAACCAUCUCCAAGAAUACGGCCUUGAGCACAUUUUUGACCUGACCAAAUACUUCCAAAGCUUCAGCACCCGAUCACAUAUGCUCAUCAAUGGUACUACACUCGAAAGUCUCGAAGUGUACCGCAACUCUACAGACCAUUCCGAGAAAGGCAGUUUGUUCUGGGCUCUUGACAAGACUCUCACUCGUCCGGGUCAGCGUCUACUGAGGAAAUGGGUAGGGCGCCCCUUGCUGGACCAGGAACUUCUUGAGGCUCGUCUCAACGCUGUCGAGGAGCUUCUCAAUAAGCAAUCAACCGCUCCUGUGUCCCAGCUUGAGUCACUUUUGGCAAACACCAAGACCGAUCUUGAGCGCAGUCUCAUUCGCAUCUAUUACGGCAAAUGCACUCGUCCCGAACUACUCUCUGUUUUGCAAGCAUUGCAGAGAGUAGCCAGCUACUACUCAACAAUCAAAGCUCCAUCGGAUGCCCCCUUCAGUUCCCCUCUUCUUAGCGAGGCCAUCUGUUCCCUGCCGCAGAUCCUCGAUACGGUCGUUUCCUACCUUGAGCGCAUCAACCUUGUAGCUGCACGCAAAGACGACAAGUACGGGUUCUUUCGCGAUGAGUUCCAGACGGAGGAUAUGCAAGAUCACCAGCUUGGCAUCGCCCACGUUGAGCACGAACUCGACGGUCAUCGUGCUGUUGCCGCCGAAAAAAUCAAGAAGAAAAUGGUUGACUAUGUCACCGUCGCCGGCAUCGAAUUUCUAAUCGAGGUUCCCAAUGCCGAUAUCAAACAUGUUCCAGCCUCGUGGGCCAAGAUCUCUGGAACAAAGAAGCUAUCGCGUUUCCAUACCCCUGAAGUCCUUCGCUUCAUUACUGAACGCGAUCAGCAUCGUGAAGCCCUGGCUGCCGCAUGUGAUAAAGCUUUCAAGGAUCUACUCGCAUCCAUUGCGUCAGACUAUCAACCCCUCCGUGACGCUGUGUCCGCUCUUGCAACACUCGACUGUGUCCUUUCUCUAUCAAAAGUCGCUGCACAACCAGGCUAUUCUCGCCCAUCUUUCCUCCCUCCCUCUACCGACCCAACCAUCUCCAUUACCAACGGCCGCCACGCCAUUGCGGAGCAUACUCUUGAGGGCGGCUACAUUCCUUUCUCCACUACCCUCGCCCACCCUUCACCUCUCGCCCACCUCAUCACUGGUCCCAAUAUGGGCGGUAAAUCUUCUUUUGUUCGCGCUCUAGCCCUCAUUGUUCUUCUAUCGCAAGUUGGUUCGUAUGUCCCCGCAGACUCGUUGUCUCUCACUCUCUGUGACGCCAUCCACACCCGAACGGGUGCUCGCGAUAAUCUCUUUGCUGGUGAAUCUACCUUUAUGGUCGAGGUCUCUGAAACAGCGCGCAUUCUACGCUCUGCUGGUCCCCGAAGUCUUGUCAUUCUCGAUGAGUUGGGCCGAGGCACCAGCACUCAUGACGGCGCCGCUAUCGCCCAAGCCGUGCUGCAGCAUGUCGUUACCGAGACACAGUGUCUGACGCUCUUCAUUACGCAUUAUCAAAACCUGGCGCGGGUCGCUGAAGGUCUUGACGGCGUCAAGAAUGUUCACAUGAAAUUCAAGGCAGAGAAAGGGGAGGAUGGGGAGGAAGAGGUCACGUUUUUGUACGAAGUUGGCGAGGGCGUUGCCCAUCGCUCCUACGGCUUAAACGUCGCGAGACUUGCGCGCAUUCCCAAGAAAGUGAUUGAUGUUGCUGCUCUGAAAUCGAGUCAAAUUGAGCAAGAAAUGAAGAUGCGGCGUUUGAGGGGAGUUUGUCGUGCCCUGUCGGAAGUGAUGGAUGAUGGAACCGAUCAUCUCGAUCAGAUUGUAUCGAGUAUUGAGCAACUAUGA